AGUCACUAGUACAAUAUUUGUGCUCCUACAGGAAUAACGAAAUAUCAGCAUUCAGAAAAGUUAUCGAAUUUAAAAGCUCGAUUCAGCAACGAAGAUAUUAGCCCAAAAGGAACGGACGCAAAAGAUAAUUUGGAUACAUAGCACAAAUUGGAUACAAUUUAAACGGGCAUUUUCACGUUUUUAUUUUUUGAAUAGAAGACCAAGUCCAAUAGACUGAAAGCAGUUUCUUAUUUCUACAUCAGCACCGAAACACCCAUUGAGUGACUGAAAGUAGGGGAUUGCUCGUGGAAGAGCAGAUACAGAAGCAAAAAGUAAACCAGAAGAUUGCGGCUGCCUUCUGCCAUUCGAAAGGGCAAUCACUCCCCGUCUGAUCCGUUUGAAGUGCCGCAAGCGACGCCGCGCGUCAGAAGAAGAUGCCGGUCCAGAUUCCGGACGAUGCCGAUUUUACCUCCUUCAAGGAACAGUGCGAAAGUCUGGACGGAUGGACAGCCAGAUACAACAAAGGAGCUGUGACGGUGUGGUGCAGAGAAGAAGAGUCAAAGACUAUUCAGAAACUGAAGAUGAGGAUAGUGUGUAAGGAUGUGAUGGCAGAGACUCUGUACGAUGUCCUUCAUGACACGAGCUACAGGAAGAAGUGGGACAGCAACAUGAUCGACACCUUUGACAUUGGGAGGCUGACAGUGAACGCAGAUGUGGGCUAUUAUUCCUGGAAGUGCCCAAGCCCACUGAAGAACAGAGACUUUGUCACCAUGCGGUCCUGGCUACCUCUAGGAAAUGACUAUUUGAUCAUCAAUUACUCUGUCAAACACCCGCAAUACCCUCCAAAAAAAGACUAUGUGAGAGCUGUAUCUCUGCUGACCGGCUACCUGAUUCAAUCCAAUGGCACAAACUGCUGUACUCUCUACUACCUGACUCAGAUAGACCCAAAAGGGUCUUUACCCAAGUGGGUGGUCAAUAAAGUCUCUCAGUUUGUGGCCCCAAAGGCCAUGAGGAAGAUCUACAAGGCCUGCCAGAAGUACCCGGAGUGGAAGCGCAAGCACAACCCCAGCCUGAAGCCGUGGAUGUACCCUGAGCAGAACACCCUGCCCUGCAUCAACGUGGCCGACCUGACCGUGCAGAGAGCCGACUCGCUGGAGAACAUUGACGAGAGUGGCCUGAGCGAGGAGAAGUCGCACAACAACAGUGAUGAGGAGGAAACCUAAUCUUCCUCAGGGGAAGCCCCACCCACGGAGGAGGCAGUAGAGGGAAAACAGGAUUUAUUGACUGUAUGUGUAUAUAAGCGUGUGUGUGCGUGUGUGUGUGCACGUGCAUAUUUCAUGUAGUGUGAUGCAAUAUGGAUUUGUAUCGCCAUCUCUGGUCUUCAUGGCAAUCUUUGCAUUUUUUUUAUUAUUCAGGUCUGCAGCCAAUCUUAUCAUUGGUUGGAUUUACAUAGGAAAUCUUGAAAAGCCUCCAAAGAUUCAUAUCAGGGACACUAAAAAGACCAUUUUGGCCCAGUUUCUGUAUCGCAACAAGAUUUUGGUGAAUGGCAAUAUGAAAUAUUCAAAAUGCGGGAACAGUUAAAUGGUUUUAUUAGCUUGAGCCAAAAAUGACCUAAGAAAUCUCUGCUAAUUGGAGUGCUAGCUUACUGUGAAAAUUCUUCUGUAUAUCCAAAUUUGAGUUCUCCAGAAUAAUUGUAACCAUGAAAAGAAGAUUCAGGAACCUAAUAACAUUGGAGCUUUUAGCAGUGAGGGGAGCCUUGUUGCUGUGUGAUUUGUGCUGCUUCUUCUCUUAGGCAAACUCCCUUGAGCUAGAAUGGUGUUUUGAGCAGCCCCUGUUGGGAGAAACUGAACAUGUGUUAAUACUUGCUACUGGGCAGUGGAAUUUGCCUGACCCUGCACUCCCCCACCAAUGUGGAAAUCUGGUCACCAAGGCGGUUGUUUUGAGUCGGCUCCACAGGAAAUGGAACUACAAGUGUCACAGUUCAGUAACUGCUUGGGGACAGCAAUAGUGAGCAGCUGUGAAAAGAUAUCAAAAUAGUGUAAUGAUAAUGUCAGAUAAUGAGAUACAAUAUCUUGGAAUCAUCCACAAGUUCUUCACGCCACUCUUCCUGUCUGUCACUUCACAUGUCAGAACUAUGUUACCCAGUUAAUUCUAUAUUGUAAGCUUACGUUAACCUGACUAAAAUUCUGAAUAUCACAUUUAUGAGGCAUAUUACCAUACAUGCAUUGCCCUACCCAUUUUAGAUGAAAUGAGUACCUUGUGUGAGGAGUGCAUAGGUGUGCACCAGCUUAUAGGUAAAGUGAACACAUGGUAGUAAUCAAAAGCCACAAUAUGUCAAAUUAGUUGUCAUCCAGAUAGUUGCAGUCAAAUGUGGUAAAUCAGUUAGGCUUCCCAAGACAUGCUAGUUGGUGACAUCGUAACACCUGGUAUUUUAGUACCUACUGUAUUUGGUUGUACUGAAUUAAUCACAACAUUUGUAUUGUCUCUUCUGUCUAUUAUUCCACACUGAUUAGGCAGCACCAGCCUCGUUAGUGUCAGUCUGCCAGGUGUUUAUUGAUGUGUGAAACUUUUACUUUACAAGGCCAUGAAAAUACACAAAACCCAAGCAAUAGACAAGAAAUUCUUAAGAAGUAAAGUCUGAAAAUCAGUGCAAUCAUAUUUAUUUUCAUAGUUAAAAAUAAUGAACGGUAUUUUACAAAACUAAGAAGUGUAGUCCAAAGUAGAAUAGUAAUAACAAAAUACAUUUAUUUUGUGCAUGCUUUUCUUGGUCAGCCUGAAAAUUUUUAAUUAAAGCAGCAUGCUUCAACUUAUUUAUUCAAUUACGCCUUUAUAUAUUUAUUUAUUUAUUUAUGUAUUUAUUUAAUUCCUUCACCAUUACAAGCAAAUACAGUGAAUACGUAUGACACAACAUUGAAAUGAUAUUAACUAUAUAUUUUUGGAGGAUUGUGUUUGACUAAAACAUGAGUAUAAACUAUUUUUAUUCUUUUGCUCAGCCUUUGGCAGUGUUUUAAUAUAAGCCACUUCCUCUUGUAAAUAAGGAGACUACAUUAUAUCCCAGCAAAAAGAUCAGUCUGCCGAUACCUGGGCCAAGUGCAUGAAGCAAAUGUAAACUAGAUGACCACAACAGCAAUCCAUGGAAAUACAGUACAUGUAGUCUGGGCAUAUGAGGUUGCAUAAAAGCCACUGGUACCGUCUCUCCUGUUUUCAUUGAUACUUUACAAUAUAUGGCAGCUGUGAGGUCAAACUCAAAAGGGAAGACAUAGCUUAGACAGUUGCCACAGAAGUUGCAUUGACUGUUGGUUUCACAGCUUGCUCUUUGUAUAUGGCACCAUAGUGCUUGGAUAAUCUGAGUGUGCAGAUUUACCUCCCUUAAUUGCUUCUCUACAUUUCAAUAAUUUUACCCAUGUAUGCAUUUUUCUUUUUUUUGAAUAAAAAUACAUGUCUGACUUA